ACUCCCACAAAUUUGCACAUCGUGCCCUCCGCCCUGCGCUCUCGCUACAAGACUCGCCUCUCCUCGCUCCUCCCUUCUCCUCUCCCUCCUCUUCUUCUUCCUCAUCCCCUCUCUGCUCCACUCCGGGAACGCGGCGACGGGAGGAUGGGGCACGCCCCCGCGUAGAGCCUCGCGGCGCAGGUCAGUGAGUGCUGCAAGAAUCUGAGCUGCUUGCCAAGACUGUAAAAGGAAGAGCUUUGCAAGAACGAGAAGAACGGGUUAUAUAUAUUUACUUCUCAAUUGAUUUUUCUUGCGCCAUGGAGGAGGUGGAGGCGGCCAACAGCGCGGCGGUGGAGAGCUGCCACAAGUUGCUGGCCUUGCUCUCCCAGCAGCAGGACCCAGCCCUUCUCAGGAGCAUAGCUUCAGAGACGGGUGAGGCCUGUGCCAAGUUCAGGAAGGUGGUCUCCCUCCUCAGCAAUGGUGGCGGCGGCAGGGGAGGGCAUGCUAGAGGCAGGUUCUCCAGGAGAAGGAAGCCCGUGGGGUUCUUGAGCCAGAAAGGCUUCUUGGAGAGCAGCAGCAACACCCCAUUGGGGAUGCUCAUGUCCGGGAGUGCAGCCACUCCAUCCCCAUCUGCUGGUUCGGCAGGGCAACUGCGGCCCCAGGUCGGCGCGCCGCCGCAGCCGCGACGCAGCCUCGAUUUGAUCAGCUCAAGCAGCAAGAGCGCCCACCAGUUUGGCCCUCCAAAGAUGGUCCAGCCAUUGUCUGUGCAGUUCCAGUUUGGUGCCACUGCACAUAGGUACCCAUUCCAGCAGCAGCAGCAGAAUUUACAGGCCCAAAUGUUCAAGAGGAGCAACAGUGGGAUCAGCCUGAAGUUUGAUAGCCCCAGUGGCGGCACUGGGACGAUCUCAUCGCCGAGGUCUUUCAUGUCCUCCCUGAGCAUGGAUGGCAGUGUAGCUAGCUUGGAUGGAAAGCCGCCGAUGCGUUUGCUCGGCGGCCCAGCUGUGAGCGACCCACUGAAUGUGCGCCAAUGCGCGCCUAAGCGGCGGUGUACGGGCAGGGGUGAGGAUGGCAGCGGCAAGUGCACCACAGGUGGCAAAUGUCAUUGCUCAAAAAGAAGGAAAUUACGGAUUAAGAGGUCAAUUAAAGUGCCCGCCAUUAGCAACAAAAUAUCUGAUAUACCUCCGGAUGAAUACUCAUGGCGGAAAUAUGGGCAGAAGCCGAUUAAGGGUUCCCCUCAUCCGAGGGGCUACUAUAAAUGCAGCACCGUCAGGGGCUGCCCGGCGAGGAAGCACGUCGAGCGGUGCGUGGACGAGCCGGCGAUGCUCAUCGUGACGUACGAAGGCGAGCACAGCCAUAACCGGCUGCCAACACAAUCUGCCCAGACCUAGACGACAACCGGCCGAUCGCUUCGCCGCCCCUUUCAAUCCAUGAACGCGAGGCCCGGGCCUUUGUUUGAAGAUACGGCCGAACCGUUCGUGUGAAAGUGAAACUAGGUCUCACGGAUCUCGAAAGUAGGAGCAACAAACAACAUUGAGGCCAUCCACCUGGGAAUCUAAUGAGUAGUGGCCCUUCCUUCCCCCAGCUACACGCUUUUAGGGUUUCGGCGUCCAGAGUGGGGGCAUGCCCAAGCUGUUCUUCCCCUCCUCUGCUCUGAGUUGUGACUUAUGACACAUCAAAUCAAACUGAGAGAUGACAUGGAGGGAAGAACAUGCAUAUGCUGGUUGAUAGUGACAGGUGGGGUUCCCCUCAACAAGGGGGAGGGAGUGUGUUUGAAAGAGUUGAAAGGGAGAUUUGAAGAAAGGAGGCGAGCAAGGAGCUCUGUGUAAAGCUUGGAAAAGGAUUGGCAGGGUUGGCUUUUAGCGUGCACAAGUUUACUUGCGAUGACUCGCCUCUGUCUCUGUGUGUUGCUUUUGCUUUAUUGAAAGAUGGGAUUUGUUUUCUCUUUUGGCAGAAGAAUUGUUCCAGGAUUAAAGGUGGUGGUGCUGUUGACAAACUGACACAUUAGGAGGACCAUGUGUUUUCUUUACAGGUGUAAUAGGAAGGAAGUUGCUGUGAUUUCUCAGUCAUGCUUCAACUUCAGUGUGAAGCUUUCCAUGCUA